AUGGCAGACUAUCGGGAUAAACGAGUGUCCAUCAUCGGGGCCGGAAUGGGCGGCCUCACUGCCGCACUCGCUUUUGCUAGAAAGGGAUUUAAACAAAUCGAUGUUUACGAAAACGCGCCUGCGCUGGGAUUCGUUGGAGCUGGUAUUCAGAUUGCACCCAAUCUGAUCCGCGUCCUCGAUAGGCUCGACAUUUGGCAGGAUUCCGCCAUCGCACGCGAGGCAACAAACGUCAAGGAAGUAGUAGUCCUUGACGGUCCAACGAAUGGCGAGCUAGCUCGGGUACCGAUGAUAGAUGUCGGCCAGAAGUACGGAUACGCACACCAUGCCGGCCAUCGUGCUUCACUGGCUGGCGGUAUCUAUGAUGCCGCCAAGGCUGAGCCUGCAGUGCACUUUCACUUUGGCCAUACGUUCGAAGCCGUUUCGUCUUUUGGGCCUGGCCCUGUUCACUUUGUCGUGAAAAACGAAGGGCAGGUUAGCCAGUUUCUCCAGACCGACAUUCUGAUUGGAGCCGACGGGAUCAAAUCUGCUGUUCGGGACUCUUUGCUUAGCGGGCUUGAUCUCUCAGCAGAGUCUGAGGAAACUGGGACCUCAGCCUACCGCAUCUUGGUUGAUCGCGAACGAAUGGUCGCUGACCCAGAGCUGCUUGCUCUGAUUGACAGCGACGUUGUGCGACGAUGGACGGGGCCAAGAAGACACCUGAUUGCGUAUCCCGUUCAUAACCACACGAUAUAUAAUAUCGCCACGACGCAGCCCGAUGUGAACUUUGCGGGUCCGGCGAAUACGGCUUGGUCGACCAAGGGUGACAAGACAGCCAUGAAAGCUGUAUUUGCAGACUUUUGUCCCCUCGUCCAGAAACUUCUUGACCUCGCGCCCGAGGGUGACGUUGUCGAAUGGCGAUUGCGCAGCCACAAGCCAUUGGCUACCUGGACUCGUGGAGCGGUUGCGUUGUUAGGAGAUGCUUGCCAUCCAACGCUACCACAUGUAGCUCAAGGGGCUGCCAUGGCCAUCGAGGAUGCGGCUUGCUUGGCAGAGAUUGUGUCUCUGGGUUUGGGUGCCGGUUUUGACUCGGAGACAAUCCCUCGCUCCUUGAAGGCCUACGAGCGCCUCAGGAAGCCUCGAACUUCAACCAUUGUGAACCUAGCCGCUGCCUCAGCUCGGUCGCUCCAUCUGCAAGAUGGGGAAGCAAAGAGGGAGAGAGAUCGACAGUUCGCGGCUGCCAAGGCCAAGGGAGCUCCCGUGCCAGAUAAGUGGGUAAGCCCAGAAGUCCAACAGAUGGUUUACGGUCACGAUUGCGUGCAGGAUGCUCGAGAGAGGUUUGCUGGACUCUUUCGCAGCCAUGACAGCCGUCUAUGA